AAUCUGACCUGGAUUUUCCUGGUCUAGUAAUCCUGGAGAUCCUUCUCUGUGGGCCCUACUCUCCAGGCUGGUGCCCCAGUACUAUCCUAUAAAGGCCAAGGGAGGUGCGAUGGCAGGCCACGUUGCGUGUCUCUCCAGUAUGACCCUGGGCAAGAGGGCGCUGUUGUACAGUGGCGCGAACCAGCUGGCGUGCGGGAGACACUCGGGUGAAGACCCCCGCAGGAACCCCCUGAAGACCCUGCAGAGGGCUGUGCUGCUCUGUCCCGAUGACCCUGCGGCGUGGGCGGGGCUAAUGGCUGCCUGUCACACUGAAAACGCCACCUGCGCCCUGUCUGGCUCCGCCCCAGGGAGACGGGGUUUGGAGCAGAUUCUGAUGGGGGUGGUGUCCGAGAAAGUGCGCUGUGUGGAGGAGGUCGACCGGCCCCUGGCCCAGGCCCUAGAGGGCUGGGUGUUGCAGCAGGCAGUGACAGGACUCACCCUGAGGGGGGAGCUGGACCAGGCAGAGACCCUCUGCUCCCAGGUCCUGACUGUGUCUCCAGAACAGCCAGCCGUGCUCCUGCUGCUCAGGCAGGUGCAGUGUGAGCGCCUCCUCCUGGCCGGCGUCGGUACUGCCGCCCUGCCAGACGCGGUGCUGGAACAGCUCAGCAGUGCUGUCCUGGCCAACCACACGUCGGUGGCAGCCUGGCACUGGCUGGCGGAGGUGUACCGUAGCCAGGGCCUGCUGGUCCAGGCCGUGGUGGCCUACAGGCAGAGCCUGCAGCUGGCCUCUCAGCUGGGCCUGCUCAGCGCCCAGGUGGCCAGCCUCCUGCGCCUGGCCCUGCUAGCCCUGGGCCCCUGCAUGGCGGGCGUCCCCGGGAGCGACUGGAAGGACCUGGUGACGGAGGCCACCGCCGAGGUCCUGAAGCUCGGGCCCUCCCCCGUCGCCGUCCUCGCACAGUCCCUGCUGCAGUUCUCCACCAAGAUGUCUGCCAGGGAGACCAGAAGGCUCCUGGAGAGGGUGGUGUACGACCGCUCCCACAACUCCCCUCGCACGGUGCUGUCUGUGGCCCGCUGGUACCUCCUCAGGCACCUCCACGCCAAGGACGACCUGGAGCUGAUGGACACCCUCCUGGAUCAAGCCAGAGCCUGCGGAGACCAGAGGCUUCAGGAGUUCCACACUCUGCUCACCACCCCCUCCGACUCUCGCUGAGCUUCCUGUGCGGACGCCCCGCCCUGCACCCCGCCCUCCCUUAACCCCGCCCCCAGCCUGGACAUGGCCGCGUGGCCAUGUGGCCCUGCUGAGAACCAGGAACAACACAUGAACUGAAAUCAAGCGUCUCUGAAUUCCUCAUCCCUCUGCUCCGUCUGAAUGAUUCGCUGCGGCUCUGUGAUUUUCUGAACAAACGUAUGUAUAGGGAGUCAUCCGUGGAAUGUGCGGCUUUGUCACGAGAAUAAGCACUUAUAGACGCUCGCUUUUCAAAUCCAUGGUAGAACAGCGUCCCAAACCGUCGACUGUGGGUGUAUAAUGAUGCCGAUUCAUUGUCCACCUUAUCUUAUCAUGUAUGUGCAAUCCAGCUAGCCUGUCGCAGGUAGCCAUACCAAAAUCCUGUCUCUGUAAUCGUGUUGGUGGAAGAUGUGAUAGCAUACUGUGCCCACCGGUGGAAUUGAACAACAAGCGAUGUGUGAAUGUGCUUUAAUUGUGCCUGUGUAGUUGUAAUGUCUAUGCUUCGCCAAACCUCAAGUCUUUGCAUGGUAAGUGCCUUUCCCCGGGUUGGUCUUCACAUCUGCCCUCAGACAUUUUCGAAAUAUGAAAUGAAAGAUGAUUUUCAUUUGCUACCUAACACAGCCCGUCGCCGUGGAAAGCCGUACCCGUGUUUGUCCAAAGCCUUCACCACAAGCUGCGUGUGCAAGUUGGCACCUGGCCACUCGCAGGGAAAUGAGAAGGAUUCUGGAAAGAUCCAGGUGUCCUUUCACAGCGGCCGGUCUAUUGUGCAGCCGUCAGUCGAGCGGACAGAUUCGUGUCACACCUUUUGAUUUCAUCGGAGAUGGAUUCUUGAUGAUGUCUGGACUAUAUAUCACUGGGAAAAUGAUUUGUUUAAACGACCAUCGACAAUGACUUUAUUCAUUUAUUUGUGAUUAAAAAAAGGGGUUUUGCCAACAGCAA